UACACCGAAUCUUCACGAAGGAAGAUUCGGAAGUGGAUGAAGUUACAAAUAUCAGUAGGAAAGUCUUUCUCUAAGCGCAAGGGUUUUAUUGCGAUUUGUUUAACAAUUACGUAAGUUUUAUCGGCAUGAGAUGGGAUUGCUGUUCGCGAAAUUGUUUAGUUGGUUUAGCAAUGAAGAGCACAAGGUGAUAAUUGUAGGCUUAGAUAAUGCAGGAAAAACAACGAUUUUAUAUCAGUUUUUAAUGAGUGAAGUAGUUCAUACAUCGCCAACAAUAGGCAGUAAUGUAGAAGAGGUAAGAAUAGGUUCUAUGAGUGUGGCAGAAAUAUCAGAACAAUUAAAUCUUACUUCAAUUAAGGACCAUGGAUGGCAUAUACAGGGUUCUAUGAGUGUGGCAGAAAUAUCAGAACAAUUAAAUCUUACUUCAAUUAAGGACCAUGGAUGGCACAUACAGGCGUGUUGUGCCCUGACAGGGGAAGGAUUGUACCAGGGACUAGAAUGGAUUACAAAUCAUAUUAGGAAGUAAACUUGGAUUCAAUAUUUAAUGCAAAUGUUCCAAAUUUAUUUUAUAUAAAAACAGUUAAAUUUUUUACAGAAAUGAAUGUACAAUAACAAACUCUCAUUUAUUUCUUCAUGUACAUUAGACAAAUGUUUUUCGUUUUCUUGGGAGUUAUACAGUUACUCUUGAUAUUUAAGUUCUGUAUUGUAGUCAUUUGUUUUUCUUCUGUCUUCAUCAAAAGACAAAACUGUUUGGAAUCAAAUUUUAGUAAUGUUUUGUAGCUUUUAGUGAUUAAUUUUGAAAGUUAUUGUGAUUCAUAUACAAAAAAAGCAUGUUUUUGACAAACAAUCAAAGGGAUAAAUAAUUUUCAUCUAAUUUAGUUUACAAUCUUUACAUGUAUAUUGAUUAAAAUAGAAACACCUCUUUCAAGCCGUUGUAAAUAAACUUUAGCUGCUAAUAGAAAUUAUUGUAAUUUAAAACUAUCUGCUAUUGACUUUCCUUCUUUGGGCUGUAGAAAGCUUUCUUCAUACUAAUCAAUUGUAAAUUUGAUAAAUUGUUGUCAAAAAAUCUAUGCUUAAAUGGUCUAUUGAGAAUUUGUCUGAAAUAUUUGUUUUCAUGUGCAGGUACUCUGUACAUGGUCCUAUGACAUUCGGAACAAGUUUACUAAUCUGAAGAUUCCACUCAAAUAUCAAAAUAAGGAAAUUGGCUUGUGUUGUGUUAAUUUUACAAUAUGAAAAAAUUCCGGUGAAGUCAGUGAUGACGAACAAACCACGUUAUCUUUCUCCAUAUUUGUUAAUAGAGUGGAACUGCUGUCUUUAAAUCUUUUUUCAAAUCAGGUUUUUUUUUUAAAGCAGAACCACGAAGUUUAAAUGUCAAACCCUCGGGACCCCACCUGCACUUCAGUCUUGUUCUGUUACAAUUUCUUACGAUGGACCAUAAUGUAUUUGCAGUGUAAAGGGGGUAAGCUUCAAAUCUUAACCAAGGAAAAGAAUCUCUUUCAGAGCACACUGCAAAACAGUCGUCCCUCAACACGCAAAUGAACGCUAAGCGGUUAGCACACAGUGCGGGAGGAUCGCACUCGAUCUCCGUGCAUUCGUUCGAGAUCUUUAUUAAGACACCGUAUUUUGCCCAACAUAGACUGGUUUGCAGUGUACACACGGCAAGAGUUAACGUAGGAAAAUAAUUUUGAAAAGGUUUACGAUUCGCCUCUCCUACUCUGAGUAUUAUUUAGUCUAUCUGUGUAGCAAAUUGUUUGAAAUAAAACUGCUUUCUUUGUCGACUGUA